AUGAUAUCAUCACGUCUUCUGCUUCGCUCAAGGAGAAAACUUCCUGUCUGCCUAGGAAUCACCCUUGCCAACUCUCUCCGACGAGUCAUGCUGGCCGAGAUUCCCACGCUCGCCAUCGACCUGGUCGAAAUUUCCACAAACACCUCCGUGCUCGCUGACGAGUUCAUUUCACACCGUCUGGGUCUCAUUCCGCUGGACUCCCAGGACGUGAACGAUCUCGAGUACAGUCGAGACUGUGUUUGUGACGAGUAUUGCGACAAGUGCUCCGUUGUGCUCAUGCUGGACGCCACGUGCACUGGCGACGACACCAUGGACAUCUACUCCCGUGAUCUCAUGGUGCACACUACCCCCGAGCGGCCCGAGCUCGGCAAGCCCAUCUACACGGACCCGGCCAAGAAGGGCAUUCUCAUCUGCAAGCUGCGUAAGAACCAGAGUCUGCGCAUCAAGUGCAUUGCCAAAAAGGGCAUUGCCAAGGAGCACGCCAAGUGGAGUCCCUGUGCGGCCAUUGGCUUCGAGUACGACCCCUGGAACAAGCUCAAACACACCGACUACUGGUACGAGGAGAAUGCCGAGGAGGAGUGGCCUCUGAGUAAGAAUGCAGACUGGGAAGAGCCUCCCAAGGAGAACGAGCCGUUUGACUACAAUGCCAAGCCCAACAAGUUUUACAUCAACGUGGAGGCUACCGGCGCCCUGACGCAGUACGAGGUGGUGCUGCGAGGCAUGCAGGUGCUGCAGAAGAAGCUGGCUGAGGUGGUGAUGAUUCUGGGCGAUAGGGACGGCGCCGGUGGUGCUGCAGGCCGAAACGGAGGCCAGACUCAAUAUGGAAAUGAGACCCAGUACGGAGGAGGAACCCAGUACGGAGAUACUCAGUAUGGAGGACCUACGUUUGGAGGUAAUGACGAGGGAUUCAAGUCCGAGUAUGGGACCAAUGGAGGGUGGUAUUAG